AUGGCUCAGGAGAAGUCCCUCAUCCUGUUCCAGAUGCUAGUCCUGGUAAUGUUGGUGCUGGGGUGGGUCCAGCCUUCCCUGGGCAAGGAAUCGCGGGCCAUGAAGUUCCAGCGGCAGCACAUGGAUCCAGACAACCACCCCAGCAACAACUCCAACUACUGCAACCAAAUGAUGAGGCGCCGGAAUAUGACAGAAGGACGGUGCAAGCCGGUGAACACCUUUGUGCACGAGCCUCUAGUAGAUGUCCAGGCAGUUUGCUUCCAGCAAAACAUUACCUGCAAGAAUGGACAGCCCAACUGCCACAAGAGCAGUUCCAGCAUGAGGAUCACGGACUGUCGCCUGACGAAUGGCUCCAAGUACCCCAAUUGUGCAUACCGGACCAGCCAGAAAGAGAGGCACAUCAUCGUGGCCUGUGAGGGAAACCCCUACGUGCCGGUCCACUUUGACGCUUCAGUAGAGGCCUCCACCUGA